GCUGCAGCCUUUCGCAAUAGCGCCGCCCGCAGCUUGCUGCUGCCGCUAGCCGUGCAUCACCCUGCCGUGUGCGCCUGGGGACGCCACUGGACGCGGCUGCAGACGCGCCACAGCUAGGUCACCGCGGCCGAUAGGUCAACCCCCCUCACAAAGAAGAAAGCACAUCCGUGAGUCAGAACCUUCUCGUUAACUUGAACCAGGGACAUGCACAUGGAUGACCUCGUGUCCGAUGCGGAAGAUGAUAUUGCCUCCUGGGAGGAGAUAAGCUCUGAAGAAACUGAGGAUGUGAAAAUCUGUUUGAUAUGUGGAGAUGUUGGUGAGAAGAAGAAGCUUGCUGUUUGCAGUAGAUGCAAUGAUGGUGCUGUGCAUACAUAUUGUAUGCGGGUAAUGCUACAAAAGGUUCCAGAGAGUGGGUGGUCAUGCGAAGAGUGCCAAGCUGUGGUAGAAAUUGAAAUUGGAAAGAAGAAAUUAGAAAAAGUUAAAGGAAAUGUUGUCAUGAUUUCGAUGGACAAUAAGGUGGAUGCUAAAAACGUUGCACAUAAAGAAUCACAUGAAGAUAAUCAGGGCAAUGAUAUUAAUUUUAAGACAAAGGAAGAAGAUGCAGGGAUUAUAGUAGGUAAUGUUGCAAGUGGUUGUACGCCUUCUGUAAAGGAAAACGACAGUGGCUUGUGCAUCACAAACAAAGUUCUUCAUGACUGUGAUCUGAUGUCCACUGAUAUAAACGUCAUUUUAAAUAACAAGUCACUUGAUGGAGGGGCACACAGCUUGGAAAAGCGCAAUAAUGAUGCUUCAUCUAUUUCCAAGGCUGAAGACGUGUCUAAUAUGGCUGCAUGGAAUAAAAGGUUAAACAGACAGAGCGACGCCAAAAAUUCUGAACAGAUCCAACUUGUGAAAGUAUGCGACAUAUGUGGAGAUGUUGGUGAAGAGGAGAAGCUCGCUGUUUGUAGUAGAUGCAAUGAUGGUGCUGAGCAUGUUUAUUGUAUGCAGGUGAUGAUGGAGAAGGUUCCAGAGGUCAUGUGGUUGUGUGAGGCAUGCCAAACUGAGGUAGAAGUUGCAAAGGAAAGUAUGGAACCAGAAAAAUCUCAAGUACUGAAUGGUCUGAAGAACAAGGCACCACCUCUCCAUGUUCCUGCAGGUUCACUCUUGAAGUCUGUUUCUUUCAACAACCCAAAGGUCCCCAAGGUGAAACAAUUGGUUAUUGAAGUUCCUCUAAAGCCCAGAAAUUCAGAGGAACCUCUGUCCUCUCUUACAAAACAAGAGGAGUCUAUUAGCACACUUGCUAAGUCGACACAAAUCAAAAAGGCAAACUCUAAUGGGCCAGCAAAUAAAGGAAAGUCUUCCCUCUUACUACAUGCUGAGGAGCCAAGCAUAAUGACUUCACGAAUUAGUGCAAAUGUAACUAAUAAGAGAGGCACUUAUAUAUCUGGGUACCCCUCUGCUGCUGCAUCAUUGCCUGUGCCAGUUCCUUCAAAACUAGAAUCCGCAGCUCAGCAUCUCAAUAAACGAAAUAAAGUGGAGAGUUCAGGCAUCGCUUAUGCACAAGGCAGUACAAACUUUCCUGCUGUUUUAUGUACCUCUAUUAGUCAUGUGCGAAGUGAUGAGCAGGAUGUGAGAAAUGGUAUGCCUACUGCUAGCAGUACAGCUUCUGGAGACUGUCCUGAGCUAAAAUACAAAGAGCAUCAGGCUACAUCUGCCAUGGGAAGAAGAUAUCCUAACAGCAGUUCAACUAUGUUAAUUGAUCGGAAGGACAAAUUGCCUAUCUUUUCACCUUGUGAUGAUGGAAUAGCUUCAAGUUUUCCAGAGUUGGCUUACAUUUGGCAAGGUUGUUUUGAACUAUGGAGGACUGGACGGUCACCUGAGCUUCUUGAGGGUUUGCAAGUACACUUAUCAUGUUCUGCUUCACCAAAAGUGCUGGAAAUAGCAAAGAAAUUCCCUUCUAAAAUCUUGCUUGAGGAACUUCCUCGUCAGAAUUUAUGGCCCCCACAUAACCAUGAAAAUGACCCUAGUAUUGGUCUUUUCUUCUUUGCGAGAGAUAUUCAGAGUUAUGAGAGUCAUUACAGUAAGUUAGUAGGUAAUAUGCUAAAGGAUGAUUUAGCGCUCAGAGGAAACAUUGGAACAGCUGAACUACUCAUAUUUCCUUCCAAUAUCCUGUCAAAGAACGUUCAAAGGUGGAACAUGUGCUAUUAUCUAUGGGGUGUAUUUAGAGUCAGAAGAAGAUAUCCUAACCUUCCACCUCAUGUACCCACAAGAGCAGUAUGAUAGUGUUGAGUCAGACCCCAGUUUCUUCAAAUCAGCUACUUGCGAAGACACCCCAUCUCUUAUUCCGUUGGUGAGAACUCUCAUGAGCCCUUUUGUGGAGGGCCUUUAGAAGGUCUGCAUCAUAAAUCAAUUAUCGCAAGCUUUUCAAGAAAUAACAAUACGAAUAACAAUAGCACUAUCAAUGAAAUUUUCACUACUCCAACAAGAAAAGAACAGGUUUUUACUACCAGCGGAGCUAUAUCAUCAUCCGGCAAAGAGGUUCAGUGGUAAUGAGAUGCAGGCCUGGUAGGGUUGGGUCGCCAGGUGCAGGUGUGAGGUACGAAUCGGCGGGUGUGUCUGCUUUCAUUCGCUUGAGUGGGAUAUGCUGCUUUGGUGCACACAACGGCAUGACGUCAUGUUUACUCGCAUUUUGGUUUCGGGAUGCCUAUGAAGGGCCUGUCCUUUCUCAUCUCAACUCUCCUCUCACCGCCCUUCCCUUUCUCCAUGAGACGAAUUCAAGGUCAAGUGUCCAGAAUCUCUUGAUCGAUAUGGACAACCUGAAUAUGAAUCGGGCCUGGUUUAGUCUCCUUUUUUUUCCAAAUUCCUUUAGGCCUCCUUGAAUGAA